UCGUAUAUCUGCAAUGCGUUAUACGCCAAAUAAUUAUUAAAAACCUCUGGAGUUAAAAUCAUGGAGUCACAUAGUGAUACAGAUGUGGCAACAGCCAAAAGAUUGGCUCAGAUGUUUCUUGCGGACACUGAAAACAAACUGCCGAGAUCGUCAUCAAAAGCGGAAAUAUAUUCAGAUAAACCUGAGAAACCAAGCGUUGAUACCAUCGGGAAAAAUCUUGCUAAGGAUCCGGUGACAAGAAGAAAAUCUUUUGCCGGUGAGCUUCCUGGAUAUACACCUCAAAAAAAUUCUACGAUGCCCCCAAUGGAAGGCAUGGCGUACUCUUUCCAUCAAGCAACGCUGAACUUGACAUCUCAGGAAUUUAAUCUGGAGCGGAUAAAAGAUCGAGGGGGAAUUCAAAAAGUGCCUGAUUCUCGUGAACGACCUAACAUCCAAUUCAACAUGGAUACUAUAGUUCGGCAAAUACGAGAUGAUAUUAUUGAUCGAUGCAGAAAAAUUUGUGAAAAAGCAGCUCUGAUGAAAUACGACGAACGACAAGAAGCUGGGCUCAUUCCUGAUGAACUUCGUGCAGAUCUUGAGAAGAGAUUGGCAGAUUUGAUUAUAGUUGGUGAACGGAGCGGUCUCGGAAAACAUACUCUGUGCGUUUACGAACUGGAAUGCCAUUUCCACAUCAAAAUCGCAAUGGUUCACAUAGAAGGUCCAACGGAAUCAAUCGACAAAGCUGUUCAACUCUAUCGAAUGGGCCAGUUUGCUGAAGCAUUACCUAUGCUUGAACUUCAACUUGAGAAAACUAACUGUUACAUGCACGAGUUAGUUGCUGGUUGUCUGUUCAACUUGGGAAGAAUAGAAGAAGCAGGAUUUCAUUUCCAACAGGCAAUAAGUAACAUGACGAAUCGAGAUAUCAGUGACAGAACAGUGAAAACAGAAAAACAGCAAUCUAAUCUUCUCGCUACAGCAAAGAACGCUAAAGCAAAAGCUGGGGAAAGUAUGAAGAACCAUCAAUUUGAAGAUGCAAUCAGAUAUUACUACAUGUCAAAUGUACUCUUUUCAGGGAUCGAGAAUAGGCAGGAGGGGAUUGACGGUAUGAUUCUAUGCAUGGGCGGACUCAAUGACGUCAUACAAGCACUGAUGAAAGUAGAUCCGGUGGAAGGGGGUUCACCAACAACGCGAGAUGCUUUGACGUCGUUGUUGGAAAUGCAUGAUUUGUUUAAUGAUAUCAUCACCAACUGUGAUGUUGACGUCGGGUAUAGAGAUCACUGCAAAGCACUAUGUAUGAAUGUUGUCGGUCUAGCGUUUGAAUGUACAGGAAGAUAUAUGUCAGCUCUCAAUCGUUAUAAAGAAGCACAAAAUUGCUACAGCCGAAUCACUGAUGACAGACAAAAGUUACUUCGCAUGCGUGACUGCAUCUUGAAAGCACGACAUUCUGUGCGUUCAUUGGCCAAACAAGUUGGUGGCGCAUAUUCUGACGGUGAAAUCCCUUCACAAGUGCGACAAGCGAUGUCUAUUGUUCUUCAAAUGCACUCAUCUUUCAUGUCGAUCAGCGAAAGAGUUCAUGUCGACCCAGAAUUUAGAGCUGAAAAUCAAGCGGAGGUUUUGAACAGCGUCGGUAUUGGGUACUAUGAAUUGAGACAAUUUGAACAAGCGGAAGCAAUGCUUAAAGCAGGAAUUGAUCUACUAAAGAAAAAGAUCGGACCUGAGUGCAGAAUUAUCACUCUCGCCCAGUUAACCUACAACAUCGGGCUUUUGUACCAGGAUAUUGGACAAUUACCGAAAGCGAAAGCAUGUUACCAGGAAGCUAGGAUUCUUUAUCAGAAGAUCGAUGAUGAACAAACCAGAGACGAAGGAAUGAGGAAAGCAGAAGAAGCUUUGGAUGACAUUGAAUAAUGAAUGGUAACGACUUCAUUGCAAUCAGGACAUUAUCGAAAUGUCUUUAUAUAUAUAUAUAUAUGUUUAUUUUUUUCACUUCGAUAACUCAUUGCAGCGUGGACGUCUGCGUAUGCGAAAGCUUACUUGAGAUGCGACGUUCAUGAAAUGUAAUUACUGACCAAGCUCUUUUGGUACAGUCAUUGCCAUUCUAUUUCGCUAUAUUUAACGUUUACUUGUUGAUUUGGGACAAUGAUUUCAUUUAACAUCGGUGGUAAAGGACCUAAUUCGUGAAUAUUCACACCCCAAAUCCAAAGUACUUCCAAAAUAGAAUAUUUCAACUAAAAACUCGACAACUCCAAAAGGUUUAUAUUGUUCUACAUAUAUGUAAGACCUAUGACUAUGUCAUCUAUAAAUUUGUUUCGCUCAUAGUCUUCUACCAUGUAUUGUAGUUUAGUUAGCAUUUUUUAAAUAUGUAGAUCGGCCCAUGUUACCGAUUCAGUGGCGCAUUAUAUAGUCUUUUCGGUGCCUUCCAUUGUUGCGACCCUUGCUCUCGGACAAAUGUACUUAUUAAUUAGCAUCUGCGAACCACAUGUUUGGUCUGAUCAUGUGACGUCACUUGUAAUACCUGUGGUAGUUUCUCGUUCACCAUACAUAAUAGGCGACGAAAUAAAACUUGGCUAGGCACUUUUUCCUACGAGUAGACUGGGUUGGCAAACUUGAUUUAAUAAAGAACGCUUUGGUUUUAUAACAGGUAGGAAACAACCUCUUCCGAAAUCUCCGCAAUUCCAUAGUCACCCUUGUUUGAUGUGCUUACAUUUUAGGUUUUAUAUUUUAAAACAGUCUCGGAUCAAGACAAAUUUUCCCUAGUCAUCACAAUGAACAAAACAAUGUAUUCAGAAUUGCUUCGCUAUAUUUAUUGACCAUCAAAUUUUUUAAAUUGUCAAUGUAUAUAAAUAACAUGAAAUUUGUUCAAGAAAGAUUGCAAUAUUAUUAGAGCAAUUAAUACAGCUUUAAAUUUUUAUAGCAAAAUGGAAUAUUCUAGCAUAGGAGACAAGAGUAACAACAAAGUAUGGGUCAUCAAUAUACAUAGUACAUACAUGUGCCAUUUAUAAUCAGGACAAACAAAAAUGAUUAGAUAAACCAAAAUAGUGUGAAGACUUGCCACCUGGUAGAAAAACUUUGAAUGUCUACAUAUACCAGACAUCUUUCACAGCGAAAGUUGUAUGUUCAACUACUGAUAAACCAAUAUAAUUAAAAAAUCAAAACUAGAACAUGGUUUUGAUAUUUGAGGCAGAAUUGAAUUCUUUCACAACCUAAAACCCGUGCUUUUGAGGAGACAAUAAUACACCAGAGAAAAAUUAUUAUGGCAGGUUAGACUGACUUGAAUCAACACAGUAUGCAAUUGGAACAUUAAAUAAAACAUGAUGAACUUGAGAAUAACUUUGAACAGGAAAAACAAAAAAAAUUCCCAACAUAAUUAACAUGAAAACGGUUUUUCAAAUGAGAAAUACCUCUUAUGAUCUAUCUCAGUUAUUUCUCUACCCGAUGCUGUAUAUAACUGAAUAAAGUCAGCUCUUUUGUUCUAGUCAGGCACUGAUGGACAAAAUAUACACUAAAUGAGAAAUGUAUGG